ACAAACUUUAUCAGGAAAGAUUGAGGAGCAGCAAAAGGAAGAAGUGCCUGGUAUUUGAACAUAUCGUACCAUCAUCCGAGUUUGAACACAGUGACAGACUAUCCAGUCUCAUUCAACACAACUGCAACGGUUUCGAGAGGCAGCUAUACCGGUUGCCCUCAUCCAGGUGCAAGCUGGCUUCUGGGGACGAGUCAUUGUACCCCUGAUAAUGAACUAGUAUUCCUGUACUAGAUUUUUCUAAGAACCAGCGUAGUUUGUUAUUCUUGACUGGAAAAUCCAGGCACUAGAAUCUGAGAUAUGCUUCGACUUAGAUACAUUCUGCUGCAAAGCUCACAAUGAACGUGGUCCCGCCUAAGAACACAGCACGCGCUAGCAUAAAGAUAUUGCAUCUUGAUGAGGGUGAUUGUGCUGUAGCACUGGAAACCAGAAAAACAGCGACAUUUUCGAACGAUUCAGCAUUGAGUCUGUUAACCUGCUACACCCUCACCAUAUCCAGCGGAAUUGGCUCAGCAAUAUCCCGGCCUCAAGCAGUGACGCCCAAGGAUUGAAUGAAUUUUUAGCCUAGCCAAGAGCAACAAUUUUAUUUACUUCUGUUAAAAGAGGUUGCAUUUACACAGCCCAACAUGCAAAAAUAAUUGGUCUAUCAGAGCGAUCACGGAUCUACCUGGCCAGCGGCUAGUAGAAAGGUUCAAGACACUGAAGUUUCUUACCAGUGUCUGCUUACCUUUUUCGGGGUUUUUUUUUUAAUUGUUUUAUUUUUUUAUUUUUUUUAUUUUUUUUUUAAAUAAUAAUAAUAAUAAUGGCUCUUGGAUAGAUAUGGAUAGCUUGUGCCUUCAGUGUAAAUAUCAAUUUUGUGGCGCAUGGAGCUAUUCUAUGAUGUUCAGGCUGUUUUGAGUUGUCAUUAGAACGAGAUAUGGAUUACUCUAGUGACAUAUUUAGGACUCUAAUAAAUAACUCCUGAUCUGGCCGUAUCUGACUACUCAAAUAAACUUCCUCCGAUCACAGUGAUGCGCUUGUUUUGCAGGAUCCCAAGGGCCCGCGUCAUUUCACGUCUUUACUUCCCAACAUCUCCCAUAUAUCCUUUGCGACAAUUUUCCUCGCGGCGCAUAUCCGCAUUGAAACUACCUACAUAUGGAACGGCAAGGUGUCAGACACAGCCAACCACGCUCUAGCCAUACCAUAUCUCUAUUCACCAUUACCUGACGAGCUACCACCGCGCAUCAACAAGGAUACCUUGCGUCUCUACGCGGAUAUGGAUACAUCGAUCGGUACUUUCAACUCCGAAAUCCUAAGCGCAGGAUCAAAAAUGAGUUCGCGGAAUCUACCGCGACACCAUGUUCGUUAAACGGUGGUCCGUACGGCGUGAUAUUCCCGAUGGUAAAGUAUAGGGAUGCUGUACACAAACCUAUUUUCGCCAGAUUCAUGAUGAACAAGAAACUCUCGCGCAUCACUGAGGACACCACUGAGAAACACCUGGCAUACCUCAUUUGGUAAUCCUAACUGGGUGAAAGGAGAGAACUAUGAAGAGCUGGCACGCAAUAAGCCACUGAUGAAGCCGCUGGUCUCACGGACAUGCGUUGGAGUAUCUCAGAUCUCUAAACAUUGAGAUAGAUUUACAAUGGAUACGGAGUUGACAUGACUGAAGUGGAUCUGUUAGUCAGUAUGCCUGAGAAAUGGUGAGUGAAGCAAGAAUAGUGUUCCCAAGAAUAGUGUUCCGCCGUUCUUUACUGAAACGUCCGAGUUGUUGCCUUGCCUAUUGUACUUCAGAAAAGGGCAACAAUUCAUAUUGUCCUUCAUUCUAUAUCUGUACCAUUACAUUCUUUCGGAAUGAAGUUGUCCGCCAAAAGGGGAGCUUACUCCCCCCCCUAAAUAGUCCUAGUCUAGAUCUGUAUGAUGCUUAUGAUAUUAAUCUAAUUCGUUUUGAGCAA